UGUCUCAACGUGACACUUUUUUGCCGAUUGGCCGUGUCGGGUGGUGGAGGGUUACGACACAUUUAUAAAUAACGCGAUCUAACCCAAAAACCGUUAUUGUGAAUGACUUCUCCGACGGAAUCAAUCAACGCCCCGACAAGCGGGUGCAGAAUCUAAACCCGUGAGGGUGGAAUCGAAUUAACGCACCCAAUUACGUGGGAAUCGAAUCGUGAUAUUAAAAUGGACCAAUAAUCGAAUCGGAGGGGUUGGUUGUUGUGGCGAAUUCGGCAUGUGCCUAACCUCGCUCUUGACCCCUCUCUGCUUCGGAGUGGGGGGGGGUCCUUGCCACGAUCCCCGCCGGCCUCACGCAUCUCCCCACCCCCCCCAACCACCACCACCACCACGGUGUUUCUCUGGCGAGGAGUAGGCGGACGGGCGGGCGGCUUCCACCCAUGUCCGCCGCGGUGCUGCUGGUUGCUGCUGCGUGGACGCGGGGUCUCCGUCGGACGGCCGUGACCUGGCGGACGGGUGAGCUAGUGAGCUGCCGGCGAAGUGUCGGUGGACCUGCGGCAGGGUCUUCCGGGUCAAAACCACGGUCUGGAUCAGAUUCCGAGUCUUGCUCAGAAUUUGCUUCCGAUCCUGCGCCAGGCUCUAGUUCAGGACCAGAGCCAUGGUCGGGAUCUGGUGCUCAACCGGAGCCAGAUCCAGAAUUUCUUUCGGGUCCAGGAUCAGUGUCUGAAUCAGGAUGUGACUCCGGAUGUGGUUCCGGAUCGGGACCUCGCUCAAGGUCAGGAUCUGGGUACGACUUCGGGCCGGGUCCCGCGUCCCACACACUCCGGGCAUCGCCGCCGUCACAGCCUCCGCCGACGCUUUCGCCGCCCAUCCCCGAGCCGCCCGUGGGGUUGUGUUGCAUGAGCGGCUGCCCCAACUGCGUCUGGCUGAGUUACGCCGAGGAGCUGCUGUCGCGCUACGGCGAUGGUGACGGCGCGCAGGCGGCGCUGGACGCCGUGAGCACCCACGUCAGCGACCCCUCGCUCCGCGCCUUCCUUGAAAUGGAGCUGCGCACCAUGCUAGGUCGACGAUGAUUGCCAGAGAGGGGGGUAGACGCUGCCCCUCCUCCAGACAGUCGGGGCCCCAUCUCUGUCAAAAACGGUGGAACAAUGGCUAAAAAAAUCGUGGCGCUGCUUUGGUUCAACAUAGCGCUGCAGGCGAGAUGACACUCCUUUUGGCUUGUUAGAGGUGGGCUAAUUACAGACGAGUUGACACUCAUUGUUUUGCUAAGGUUAGGGGUAGAGCUACAGGCAAGAUGACACUCCUAUUGGCUCGGGUUAGGGGUUGGGCUACAGGCAUGCUGACACUCCUAUUGGCUUGUUAAAGGUGGGCUCCAGACAAGGUGAUAUUCUUUUGCUAGGGUUAGGGGUAGAGAUCCAGGCAAGAUGAAACUCCUAUUGGCUAGGGUUAGGGCUGCAAGCAAGGUGACGCUCAUAUUGGCUUGCUAGGGUUAGGGGUAAGAUUACACUACUAUUGGCGUGGCCCUCAUCCAGCAGUGGAUUGAUAAAGGCGUUGUGUAUUUGCCCAUCCUGAGCUGUGGAAUUUCCUUUAUAUGAAGGAAACACAGGCAGUCUGCAUGGGAUUGGCCCAUUGAGAUGAAUUGUGAAUAAUCCGCAUGAGAUUUGACCUAUGAUAAAUCAAAUUGAUGGGAAUAAAUUGCUUAAUUUGCCGUGGCGUGAGUAUUAUGAAGCGAAUGUGUAAAAAAAUGUACGAGACUUGAGGUUUUGUGUUGCUGUAAUACCACGCAUUAAUGAAUGCCACUCUUUGCAUUUGCUGCGCAGAAUUGCUGUGACAGCUCGCACACCGUGACACAGCCCAGGUGCGUGGGCUGCGUGGAGAAUCAGAACUAAUAAGGGGCCCAGCUAAUGAACGUGUUGAUCGUAAAUUACAGAACAAAUCUGCACACACGCGGGCGUGUGGCUGGUCCGUACGCAAGGCUGGGGUGAGCAACUCUUUAAGAGGGCGGUGAUGUGGCUGAGCCGUGGCGCAUUUGCCGCUUGUUGCACAGGUUCACGGUUCGACACCAGCGGCUGCCCUGGUUAAUAUUCACGGGUGUGUUAACUGUCUGCGUCGCAGCUAACAUUAAAGAUCCCCGCGAUCUUAUUCUCAAAUUACUUAAUUUGGUAAAGCCACCUAGCAACAUAACCCUCGACCGUGAAACGACCGCAGACUACGUUAAACAUAGUGCUUUUAAGCGCUAUAAGAUGGCCGAGAAUAUUGAACCGCAGCCCUAUGCUGUGUUGGUUCGUGGUGCUUUUACCAUACUGCACUAAACUGGUCAGCGGCAGGUUGGUGAUGGUGUCUGAAGCCAGUUACCCAGAAAAAUGCUAAACAAGAGUUAUAAUUAAGGCCUGUGGCCAAAUGUGUAAAACAACUUCCAACGAAAUUUCCCUUGUGUUUCUUAUCAAAAGAAAUGUAAAUUGAGUGAAAUUUCCACUCAAGAUAUUUCAUGGAAACCGACCGCGGACCUACCAUCCUGCCCCCCUAACCCUGACACUUGGACGAUGUGAAUAAAUAUCCCACUUUAUUUUCAUGGCACGGGGCGCUCCCCUUGAGGGAAUCGUGGAGAAAUACUAUUUAUUCAUGUGGAUGUGCACCGGUGUACAUGCUGUGCAUUUUAAUUAAAUCAAAAUCGUACACUGCGCUCGGACUACGCUUACAUUGUCUGGCAUCGUUCUGCAAACGACAUCAUGAGGGCGUCGAGAUGGACCGCUCGGCGAACCACGCUCGUAUCUCUCUACGACACCGGGUGAACCGAGGUUUCAACGUUAACAUUUAUCUUUUCCCUCUCGCGCGCCAGCCACCCCGUGGUUGCUUCCAGCGUUGAAUUUGUUAAAAGGCGGAGAUGCCUUGACGACGUGUGAUUUGUUCGUCAGGAUCGAGGCAAUCUCAUUCCUAAUUUCACCAUUUGGGCUUCCCCGACGUCCACUUCCCACGUUCAUUGGGAAGCACCACCUGUCCUGGGAGGGCAGCCAGUGAUCGUUAUGAGGCAGUCGGCUGCAUGUGCAUGCACACCCACAUCAAUAUCAGCAUCAGCUCAUUAUGCUCAAAGCAUGUAUGUUAUUAUUGUUAGGGCCCGCGGCCGGCACUAUAAGCCGAAGCCGCUAAUAGAUGCCGUGGGAGCGGGACGGAGCUGCCUUUCGGGCGGGCGACUGCUCGUUUAGCUGAGUCUCCCUCUGGAGAGUUCAUUACUCGACCGCGGAGAUUCGUCCCCAUGGCCCUGCGGACGCGGCUAGGCCGGCCCCGUUCCGGCCAAUCGUAUCGAGGUACUGCACGGGCCGUUAGAAUACGCGGCUCGUCGCGUCCCCGUUCCGUCUACGCCGUCUACGCCGUCCUUGCUGACCGCAUCCGAGGCCCGGAUUCUAGAAAACAAAUUGCGCUCGCGACGGCGGCCGGUUCCAACUUUCUUCCUGCAAGCGUGGGACGUGACCAGGCGGCCCAGGGGUCAGAGGCACCGAGCCGCCACCGCAGAGAUGCUGGGGUUUGGCUCUGGGUUUCAGACGCCCGUGAUUAAACUGGUGCAGUGAGUUGCUGGUCUCGGUUCGGUCAGCAAUGGCUGCAUGAAAGUGCCCAUCUCUCGGCAAAAAUGUAUAAUUGUACUCAAACGCUGAAUAUUUGUGUCUGUAAAGUGCUUCCCUCGCAUGUGUGCAUUAAAAGGGGAGGGGGGUGAAGGGUAAAGGA